CAAUAGCCAGCAUCAUGAAGUGUCCCCCUUAGUGUUAAAGCACAGAAAGAAGAAGGGGAAGGAAUGGAGACAGGGGAAGGAAAAUUAAGGAAUUCUGUGCGGAAAAGAACUGCGGUUGUUCAAACCUUUGAUCAAAAGCACCAUCUAGUGAGGAAAGGGCUCACUGCAGCUGGCGUUGCUCUAUGGGGCUGCUGCAGCAGCGACAAAUGGACUGUGACUUUCACCACAGGUUUGCCUACUAAAAUAACCCCAAAUAUGACCACGUGCACAGCCCGAGCUCUGAAUGAGCAAGGACAUGCCCCAAAAUUGCUACCCCCUGUGUAAAUAUAUCUGCAGUGGAAACGUGUUCUCCUCCUCCCAUCAUCUCCCACCAGAGAAUCUUCAGCCACCCUGAAAGCCGCAAGGAAGGAGGCAGCACAGGAAGAGGACUGAUUUCCAUGUUAUAAUCUGGGAGCUAAGGAAAAGAAAAGGAAGACGGCUCAGAAAGGAAAACUCAUGGAUUUCACAAGCACAGUCCUCAUCCCACUGCUUUUUGGCAGCGUGGGGAUCUUCGCCCUUUAUCGCCUGCUGCAGUGGAUGCGGAUGCGAGCGUACCUCCAGGAGGCAGUGGUGGUGAUCACAGGGGCUACUUCGGGCUUGGGAAAGGAAUGUGCCAAAGCUUUCCAUGCAGCUGGCUGCAAGCUGGUGCUCUGUGGCAGAGACAGUGAGAAGCUCCAAGACAUGGUGCAGCAGCUUUCCACUGUGACCAACCACCGCAAGAAGACACACAAACCUCACACUGUGGUAUUCGACCUCUCGGACACUAAAACUGUGCUAAGUGCUGCUGAAGAGAUCCUGAAGUACCUGGGGCAUGUGGACAUCCUGAUCAACAAUGCAGGCAUCAGUUUCCGAGGCACAAUUGUGGACACAGGACUGGAUGUGGAUAAGAAAGUGAUGGAAACAAACUAUUUUGGUCCUAUAGCCCUCACCAAAGCGCUUCUCCCCUCCAUGAUCAAGAGGAGACAAGGCCACAUUGUGGCCAUCAGCAGUGUUCAAGGCAAAAUAAGCAUUCCUUUCCGAUCCGCAUAUGCUGCCUCCAAGCAUGCCACCCAGGCCUUCUUUGACUGCCUACGAGCAGAGGUGGAGCAGUAUGACAUCGAUGUGACAGUUAUAAGCCCUGGCUACAUUCAGACAAACCUCUCUCUCAACGCUAUAACAGCGGACGGAUCUCGCUAUGGAGUUAUGGACAAGAACACCGCGGAAGGACAGACGGCUGCAGAGGUGGCUCAGGUGGUGCUCAAUGCAGUGGGACAGAAGAAGAAGGAAGUACUUGUGGCUGGGCUGACUCCCUCCCUGGCUGUCUACCUGCGAAACCUCUGCCCCAGGCUCUUCUUCAGCUUAAUGGCAGAGAGAGCAAGAAAGGAGAGAAAAGCAAAGGCCUCUUAGAGCUGAGCUCACUGGAGCAGGGACUGCAGGGAGAGGCUGAGCCCCUGCGCUUCAGCUGGGACAUCGGGAGGUGCUCCUGCAGGAAAAUCCUGUCUCAGAAUGCUGCCGUUCACCAUUGUAUGGAGCCAGGAA